GUUUUCGAUAGUUAAGAUGAGAUCUUAUACCGAACAAGAAUUAAAGCUCGCCAAGGAACCCUUGUAUAUGGACUCUGAAGUUUCACCUAUAACGUAUUAUUACGGAUAUAAACACAUUCUGCGUAAGGAAAUACUAUCGGAACCAGAUAAAGACCCUUGGAGAAGGUUAAUCCUUGUUACUUCGCAAGAAGAUUAUCAGCAAUACCGUUCGACUUGCAAGCAAAAAAGCGAACACGGAAGGAAAGAGCAUAAAGAGUUUUUACUUUUUCAUGUGCGAAGCACUUUAAGUAAGAUACAUUCGAACGUAAUUUUAGGAAACAGCGCCGCGACCGGCUAG